CAGUGAAGGACAGGGAAGCCUGGCUGCAGUCCAUGGGGUCGCAAAGAGUUGGACACAACUGAAUGACUGAACAACAACAAAGAAUAUAAAGGUAUCCUGAAACUAAAAAGCUUGGGGACAGAUGAUCUAGGGAAUUCAUCAAUACCUGCUAACAUCACAGAAAAGGAGUUGACCAGGAUUUUAAUCCUCCUGGGAAUACAAAGUACUACCUAUUAAGUAUUCUUGAGAAAAUAAUACUGAACAUGAAUCUGAUCAAACAUCUAGUUGAAAUCAAAAUCUACGUGUUUACAGGAAAUACAAAUUAAGAGGAUUGUAUUAAACACCACCAUGUGGAUGCAGUCAGCACAGGACAAUCAGCUUUAAUCAAACAAUAAACUGCAAAAGAAUAAAAGAGGAAGAAUGUGAAGAUUAAAAGAAAUUUAAGAGGCACAACAACCAAUUGCAUUGAACUACAGAUCUUAUUUGGGCAAAAUGUAAAAAACAUGCAUGAGAUAAUCAUGGAAAUCUGAACACUGGAUAUUUGAUAUUAAGGAAUUAUUAUUUAUACAUAAUAGUGGUAUUGUGGUUAUUAUUAAAGAACUCUUAUCUUUAUAAAUGUAUACUGUUUACAAUGAAAUGGCAUGAUUCUACAAUUGCCUCAAAAUAAUGGGAACUGGGGGAAAUAGAUGAAAUAAGAUUGCUCAAAGUUGAAAAUUAUUGACCUGGGUAUUAUAUUUACACACAGGGUACAUACUUAUAAUCAGUAUUUCUUCCCAUUAAGCUGCCUGUAAUCCUGAACAGUAUGUCUUUGGUUAUUCCAGCAUCUUAUUUCUCAACUCUUCACCUCCAAGAGUAUCAAACAAAACGCAAAAACAAAACAACACCUGGUAAGAAUGAAGGUUAUAGACAGGACAAAUCAAAAGAGAAGGAUCAGGAUAGCACGCGGGGACUUCUCACUAGAAGGAUACUGUCUCACAGACAAACACCAACAUGCUUACACACACAUGUUUCUAAUUGUGUGCUAUGGCCAAGGCCCUGAAAUGAAGAAAAGGUCAAACCAAGCCAUGGAAUGGAAGGAAUGGGCGCACGCUAAAAAUUCACUCCUGUCCUUUUCUAUUUCAGAUAUGGACUUUGAUGAGUCUCCUUUACAUUUUGCUCUCAAAGUCUUCAGUCCUAGAGGUGCUGAAAGACUAGUCCUAAAAGUUAUUGGCUUGAGCUAUAUAUAAGAUUCCCCAUCCAAUGGAGGCUACAUAAAGAUCAAGGAUAUAAGACCAGUAAUAUUACACUGAGGGUUUCCUGCACUGAUUUUAACAGAAUUUUAAGUAACUUGCAGAAUAGAUUUAUGAAUCACACAAACCUCAAAACUUUCUCCACAUGACAAGAGUAAGCCAUACCAUAGCCUAGGGUCAUGUCUAUUCUUCCAGUAUCAUCCAGGUUUCAAACACUUUGCCUUGUCAUCAAGUCAUAUAUCGUUAUUAUUGGUUUGAGAAAUACAUUCAUCAUAACCAUAGAACUAAGGAACAUAUUUAAAUAGCAUCUCCCCAUCCAAUAAUCACCUCAAAUUAGGCUUCAUUUGCAAGCCCUCCAAAAGAAGCAACUCUAACAAUUAUCUUGAUAAUCUAUUGUUAGUUGAACUCUCAAAUGCUCUUUAAAAAAAAAAUUAGGUAAUAAAUGGAAAACUACAAUGAAACUGUUGAAUAACUUCAGUUCAGGCGCUCAGUCGUGUCCGACUCUUCGUGACGCCAUGGGCUGCAGCAUGUCAGGCUUUCCUGUCCAUCACCAACUCCCAGAGUUUACUCAAACUCAUCUCCAUUGAGUCAGUGAUGCCAUCCAACCACCUCAUCCUCUGUUGUCUCUUUCUCCUCCUGCCUUCAAUCUUUCCCAACAUCAGGGUCUUUUGAAAUGAGUCAGUUCUUCGCAUCAGGUGGUCAAAGUAUUGGGAGUUUCAGCUUCAGCAUCAGUCUUUCCAAUGAACACCCAGGACUGAUCUCCUUGAAGAUGGACUGGUUGGAUCUCCUUGCAGUCCAAGGGACUCUCAAAAGUCUUCUCCAACACCACAGUUCAAAAGCAUCAAUUCUGCCAUUUUACGUUCGAGCCCAAGGCAAUUCUAGAGGUUGUCCAGAAUUAACGCUUCUUGUCCUAGUGUAAUUAUUGAAAGAGCCCCCUUUCAAGGUCAGAAGUGUUCCUGGUGGGGAACAAAUCAUACAUUCUCUCCCUAGUUCUUCUCAUUUGGGUUACAGAUAGGGAUGGGGGAAAGGAGGACGCAAACAGGCAAGGGGUGUUCUCUCUAAUGGGUCUCUUGCUCAACUUCCGGUGGCAUUUUGAAUCUACAGACCCGUGGGGGCACCUACGACUGCAUCUUUGCUGUUUUAACAACAACUGUGCUAAUCGAAGUGGUUAAAGGCUCGUUUUUGAACUUCUCUCAAUAAACUCUGAGAAAGGAACAGUGUUUCCUGAAACCAUCAAGAAAGAAAAUGUCGGUGACAUUGCAUACAGAUGUAGGUGAUAUUAAAAUAGAAGUCUUCUGUGAAAGGACACCCAAAACAUGUGAAAAUUUCUUGGCUCUUUGUGCCAGUAAUUACUACAAUGGCUGCAUAUUUCAUAGAAAUAUCAAGGGUUUCAUGGUUCAAACAGGAGAUCCAACAGGUACCGGAAGGGGAGGUAACAGUAUCUGGGGCAAGAAGUUUGGAGACGAAUAUAGUGAAUAUCUUAAGCACAAUGUUAGAGGUGUUGUAUCUACGGCUAAUAAUGGCGCAAAUACUAAUGGCUCUCAGUUUUUCAUCACUUAUGGGAAGCAGCCACAUCUGGGCAUGAAAUACACAGUAUUUGGCAAGGUGAUAAAUGGUCUGGAGACUCUAGAUGAACUGGAGAAAUUACCCGUAAAUGAGAAGACAUAUCGACCUCUUAAUGAUGUACACAUUAAGGACGUAACUAUUCAUGCCAACCCAUUUGUUCAGUAGCUAUAAUAGACCUGGACAAAUACUUGGCAAACUAUUCAAGGAACACACCUAUUAUGGUUCACUCAGUUUUAAUUAUGUCAAAGAUUGCAGCUUGUUUACAACUAAGAUCUUCUGUGAGGUGCUGGUACUAAGAGGGGCCAAGCAGUGUUUAGUCCUAUUUUUAGAGCAUAUUCUAUGACUAUUAUCUAAUGCAUUUCUUUAAUUAAAAAAAAAAACAAAACCUGUUUUAAAAAAAAAAAGCAUCAAUUCUUUGGUGCUCAGCUUUCUUUAUAGUCCAACUCUCACAUCCAUACAUGACCACUAGAAAAACCAUAGCCUUGACUAGAUGGAACUUUGUUGACAAAGUAAUGUCUCUGUUUUUUAAUAUGCUGUCUAGGUUGGUCUUAACUUUCCUUCCAAGGAGUAAGCAUCUUUUAAUUUCAUUGCUGCAGUCACCAUCUGCAGUGACUUGGGAGCUCAAAAAAAUAAAGUCAGUCACUGUUUCUCCAUCUAUUUGCCAUGAAGUGAUGGGACCAGGAGCCAUGAUCUUAGUUUUCUGACGGCUGAGCUUUAAGCCAACUUUUUCACUCUCCUCUUUCACUUUCAUCAAGAGGCUCUUUAGUUCUUGUACACUUUCUGCCAUAAGAGUGGUGUCAUCUGCAUAUCUGAGGUGAUUGAUAUUUCUCCCAGCAAUCUUGAUUCCAGCUUGUGCUUCCGCCAGCCCAGCGUUUCUCAUCAUGUACUCUGAAUAUAAGUUAAAUAAG